UAUAUUAACACACCAAGCACACCAAGCACUAGCACCUUAAUAGCAACAACAACAACAACAACAACAGCAACAGCAACAAUAGCAACAACAUUUGCACAUAUUUAUAUACUACAUAACUCGCAAGAGACGCUGCGCGCGCGUGUGUGUGUGUGUGUGUGUGUGUGUCCAUCUGUGUGCGCUAUUGUCGCUGGGGGAGGGGAGGCCACAGAUUUGCCUUUUGCAUAAAUCAUUUAAAGCGCGCGCGCUCCACAAAACGCUUUUCAGCUGUCGCUCGAUUUGGUUCUGGUUCGACAUAUUCUGAUAUGUAGGUUAGCCAGCAAGUUCGUUGCCUAAGUCUUUCGUAUCAUGCUGUGACGGGAGCUUCAAUUAAAUUUACGUAACCUGGAACGCGCUGCGAUUUUAUAACAAAGACCCACCAGCACACACUCAUACACACAUUGACACACAUGGCGCUGGCCAACUUUUCGCUGCCUUUUGGCGCACUAGCUCAGCCCUGGGGCGUGACGCUGGCCCCGCUGCAUCCCAUACACCAGCUGGCCAGCAAUACGAACAAUUUGCUCUACUCGCCGGCGGAUCAUCAACAGCAACAGCAACAGUCGCCGGAAGCUGGCGCUCCGGGCGCCACGGACUACUUCAAGAACAAUCCCUAUGGCACACCAGCGCUGCAUCAGCAGCAGCAGGAGACGCCGGCACAGCCACAGCCUGGCUAUCCGUACGGCAGCAGGCGCAAGCAGGGCACCGCCUACUUGCCGCCCACGGGCGCCGCUCGCAACUCUGUCUACCACAUACAGCAGCAAGAGCAGCAGCAACAGCAGCAGACGGUGCAGCAGGCGCAACUGGAGACCAACGAGAACAGCGUCACGUUCCAGAGCAGCGCCGGCCAGAGCCACAGUCACAGCACAGUGCAGCUAACACAGUCCGCGGGCCGUGGUCCCGCCGAGGGCUCAUACAGUCGCUAUCCGGGCCAGGCGCCAGCGGCGCCCGCCCCUAAACAGCAGAAACAAUACUACAAUGUCCAGGGCAGCGCCAGCGCCAGCGCCAGCUUUAGCAAGAACAGCGGCAGCUUUAGUAUUACCGGCUUUGGCAGCAGGCAGCAGCCACAGCCGCCGCAGCAGCAGCAGCCAAAUCCACAGCUGCAGACGCAGCCGCAGCGACCGCCUCCGACAUCCGCCCACACACAGCAGCGCGGCAGGCAGCCGGGCAAAACGGAGACGCCAGCGGCCACUUAUGGCGUCGCGCCGCCAGAUAAUUAUCCGGAACGCGCGCCGGGCUUUACGCGUGUCCAGGCUGGUCAGGGUUCCAGGACUCAGGUGCACGCCGUGCUCGACUACGAUGUGGAGGAGGGCGAGGAGGACGAGGAAGAGGAGGAGGAUGAUGGCGAGUACUACGACGCCGAGGCGCAGGCUAAAGACAAGUCGAACAAGAGCCCGAUGCCCAGCGUAACGCCCAUACAGGGCCCCAUCUUCCUGAAGAACGGCAGCGUGCCGGUCGUUCCAUUGUUUUCCUAUCCCAAAUCAAAUAAUGGCUCAUUUCUGCAGAUUCCGAUCUGGUGGACGGCGCUGUCGGUGGCGCUCGGCCUGGAUGUCCGGGGCGAUGUGAUCAAGGGCGUGCCCUGCAUCAAGCGUUAUCAUCAGCUCUUCUGCCCGACCGCCGGCAAUAGCUAUCCCAUCGAUAAAAUCGAGCGUUUCAUAGACGACAACAAGGCGUUGAUGCGCCGCAUGUACGGCGACUUUGAGAUGAACAUGGAGGGCGGCGGGGGCGGGGGUCAGGCGAAGGUGCGCAAGCGUCGAUUCAUAGACGAGCCGGACAUAUUUAUACCGCCCGGCGCCUAUGCAGCGACAGCGGGCGAGGCGGGCGAGGCGGGCGACAGCUACUUCGGGGAGCUGCGCAAGAAGCGGCAGGCGGCAGCGGGCGGAGCUGGCAACAACCGGAACCGUGGAGCCGCCGGAGGAGGAGCGGGCGGCAGCAGCCGGGCUAACAAUGUGCCAGGCAAUGCGAACGGCAGCUCGGGCACAGGGCGACUCGAUGCAUGCGAGUCGAAAAUAGAGAUUGUGACGCCCUACUGGGCCUCGAAUUCGGCGGGCAAAAUACGCGCCAUUGUGAACACACAGCACUUCGAGCAGGCGAUACACCAGGAGGUUUGCAGCAAUACGCAAACGUCGCGCUGCGAGGGCGAAUGCGGCUGCGAGCAGAAAUACAAAUGGCAUCGAUUGCUGGCCUACGAUCCGGACAACGAUUGCAAGGGCAUUUUUAUGGAUUGGUUCCUGUUUCCUUCGUGCUGUGUCUGCCGCUGCAAUCCCUGAGCGUGUCCAUGCCCAACAUGAACUACGUGUAGUAGUAGUAGUAGUAGCAAAGGCGUGCGAAGGAGUUAAAUAGAAUGCCACUGAAUGUAUUUUAGUUGUUCUUAAGUAGACCCUAAACAAUUUAAUUACGCCUAGCUCUAGGUUCUUUUGUCUAAGUUUAAGCUUUUACACAAGCCAUAUCCCAUCUGAACUAUAUCGCAAUUGAUCCGACUCCAUUUGUUGUUGUAAUUCGUAAUUG